ACGAUGUCUGAGACCACAAAACCCGCUGCUCCUGGCCAGGCUGCGGAGGAGAAGGAGAAGGCAGCCCCUGCGCCAACUCCAUCCCUCGACCCUGCUCCCAUCACAAACAGCAAGGGCGAGGAGCCCUCCACAGAAGCCUUCAGGAUCAUCGUCUUUGAGCAGGAGAACUUCCAGGGCAGGCAGAUGGAGUUCACCACUGAGUGCAUGAACCUGGGGGACCGUGGCUUCGACCGGGUGCGCAGUGUCAUCGUCACCUCUGGACCCUGGGUGGCCUAUGAGCAGGCCAACAUGCGCGGAGAGAUGUUCAUCCUGGAGAAGGGCGAGUACCCUCGCUGGGACACCUGGUCUAGCAGCUACCGGAGUGACUGCUUCAUGUCCAUGCGUCCCAUCAAAAUGGUGAGUGCUCCAGGGCUUUGGCCGUGCAACCCAGCACCUUCCCUCUGUCUUCCCCAGGAGGCUGAGGACCACAAAAUCUCCCUGUACGAGUCUGCUGACUUCAAGGGCAACAAGAUGGAAAUCCAGGAGGACGACGUGCCCAGCCUUUGGGCUUACGGCUUCUGCGACCGUGUGGGCAGCGUGCAGGUGCCCAGUGGAACCUGGGUGGGGUACCAAUAUCCUGGCUACAGAGGCUACCAGUACCUCUUUGAGACUGGAGACUUCCGACACUGGAACGAGUGGUCUGCCUUCCAACCCCAGAUCCAGUCCAUCCGCCGCAUCCGGGACAUGCAGUGGGACCAGAAGGGCACCUUCGUCACCCCCGACGCGCCCUCCGACUGAGCGUGCCGCCUGCUAGCUACGAGUCCUGGGCCCCGUGGGGCACCCCCGCCUCCCCUCGCACUCGCCUGCUCAGCACUUUCCUUGUACAUUGCACAUUCCCUGGAUGUACUCU